ACUGAACAAAAUUAUAUUAGGUCCAGUAUCUAAAUAUGGCCACCUAAUUAAAUUUUAAUGGGAUAAAUUUUUGUCUCCAAAAUUUAUUGACUAAUCUACAAAAACAAUAACGGUAAAAACUACUAAACUAGUAACUUCGUAAGCCGGCUCCGAUACCAUUGUUGGGAAACGAGGCUUGGAUAACGCAGCGGAAAACAAAAUUUUAUAGUCGAAAACUCGAUUCCACCCAAGAACAACUUACGUAAAUUACUAGCUAUAGUAAGAAAUUUACCUUAACGGUGAAAACGGACAAUGGAGGAACGGUCGGGGAUGGUUUUGAGGAGAUGAACGUAGCGCCAAACGUAUGAAGCCUCCAACGUAUCCACACGAACUUGCUCCGGAGUCCAAGAUUAAACUUGUGCUAGCAAGUUUAAUAUAGGAUAGUAAAAACUAUAAUAAUACUACUUUGGGAGUAAUAAAUAUAUAGUAAAAUAUUUAUCUUAUAAAUAUUUCUUUAUAAUAUUUUGUGUAUAUUUCUAACACUUUAGAAAAAUAACUUUGAACACAAAAUAGGAUUUUUUUUCUUCUNUUAUAAUAAAACAAGGAUGAAGAAGCCAAUGAAGGAGAUAGGAUCAAAACCUAUGGAGUUCAUUCCAUUGGGAAGUCUACCACUGAAGACUUCACAAAGAAAUCCAUAUUCAGACGGUGCUGAGCCUACCAGAAAUCAAGGCCAGCCUUCCAUUAUUCCGGAUCACUCAAACGGCGACAAUUCCGAAAAAGACGACCUAGUGCCAAUCCAUCCGGAAUCACUAACAAACUCUGUUCUUCAACCAGAAGCUGAACUAGAUCAACCAGUCAACCCUAAUCAACACAAUCUUCAAGUUGGAAGCCAAGUGCUCUUCACCAACGUUCUAUCAUCCUUUAUGGAGAUGAUUGCUGCUCAAGAGCUCUCCAAAUUCCUUCAUAUGGAGAUUCGAUUCAAGUAUGAGAACGAAGUUCUUGAAUUCUACAAGAAUGGAAAGAAGAACAAGAACAAGAAGGGAGCUAGGAAAAACAGCCACAACAUUACAAACUUCGUCUUUGAUGGAACCCCGGUUAGUGUGGCGAAGCAACGGGGGACUGCGAGGCCUAACAGUGGGCAGCAACUUCACUGCCCUUUGAGUGACAAUGGCCAGCCCUCCACCUCGGCUGAUAUUAGUGUCACACUCAACUCUUUUGACACAAUAUCGGAUGAGGACAACGCUUUGUCACCAACGCUAAUUGGGGAAAAACAGGAUUGUGCAACGAGCAAAGGACAUGAAAGUAAAACCAACAGCCCCCUACGUACUUCUUCAUCCACUUCGGCUAACCGGGAUCCUGAUGAGGGUAUUCCUUUGAAAAAAGUAGAGGUUGGGGAGAAGGUAACAAUUCCGGAAGAGGGAUAUCCUUCUCUUGAGGAAGACUGGGGGUAUUGCUUAGUGGGCUGCUUCACAGGCCGGUUCCCGGGCAUCAAAGCCAUAGAGGAUCUCAUUUCCUUAUGGGGCGUGCAAUGUAAACUCCUCCCUCACGCACGUGGCUGGGUCCUUUUCCAGUUCCCAAGUGAUGAGGACCGAAGGAUUGUCCUCCAAAAUGGGCCGUAUACGCUCUUUGGUAAGACUCUAUUACUUCGUAUUCCUCCGGAGGAUUUUCGCUUCAACUUUGAUGCCUUCAUGACGGUUGACGUGGUUCUCCAUGCCCUACGCCUUAGAAAAAAUGGAGAAUUUGAUGGCAAAUUUUUGAGACACAAGGGGAAGAUACCAAAGAAGGUCUUUGAGGGGGACAAAGCAUCUACUUUUAAUGGUCAUACCCCGAAGAGAGCAGGGAAAAGGAGGGCUGGAAAACACACUGCCGCAGGCACAGAGGCCCCUGGCAGUGCCACUGCCGUGCCUAAUCCAGUGCACCAGGCCCCUCCUGCCAACACGUCUUGCAGUCCUACUGCUGUGGCUUCACCUGACGGCAUGGAUAAGCUUACAAAACCUACUGCCACGCCUCUGGCAGUGGGUACUGCCGUGCCCAUUGAAGCUAAGCGAAGGAAGAAAAAGAUCACUGGUGACACACCUAUUGCUGCUGGGAAUGGUGGGCUGCCUUUUGCCGAUCCUCCCACGUCUGUGCAGGUUGAGGAAGCCAGGAACAAAGCCUUGAACAUGAAGGCGAUUGAUGACCAAGCCACCACCAAGACGGGAGACUCUGGAAAGGAAAAGGUUAGGCGGCCAGCUGUGGAAACUCAUAACAACAAAGGUGAUGCUAAUGCCGCCCCAACAACAAUGCCAAAGGACCAAGCUAGAAUCCUUGGGAAACACCCGUCAACGGUGAAACCCUAGGCUGCCAAGACCACGACGGCUAAGGCUGGGCAGUUUGGGGACAGUGCAGUGGCGUCAUCACCUGGAAAAAUGAUUGGGGAGGGUGUUGAUGAUGACCCGUCAACCUCAACCAACACCUUGCGACGAGUAAGGACGGGGCAAAAGUGGGAAGAGUGUCUGGACCGUUCGCUCCAACAAGCUUAGACAAUUGAUUGGAGAAGUAAACAAAAAGACACCCU